AUUAGGAGUCUGAUGGAAUUAGUACCAGGGUGACAAGCGAAGGACUGUAGUAAUGUAGCUACUUACUUUAAUAAAGACUUUAUGGUCUAUAUAUGUGAUGACCAUUGACAGCCUAGUCAAAGGGAGAACUGAGUGAAACUUGGUGGUAAGACUGAGAUAGAAGAAGUUGAGGGAGCACUUGAAGUUCUUAAGAUGUGUACCAAAAACUUCUGAGUUGCUAUAAACCUAAAUUCUGACCAAGAAGAAAUUAACGAGCGAGUUAUUUUUGCUGAGGAGAUAAAUGAGAAGAUUGCCGAAGUCUCAAAGGAAUUUGAAAAUAUCAAAGAAAAUCCAGAAUUCCAGGACUAUGAAGACAUUAAACUGAAAGUUAAAGGUCUUUGCUCAGAGUUGAAAGAGAACCAAUCUUUUAACAAAUUUUGUAUGGAAAACUACUUCUAUUUGAUUUGAGAUUUUCUAAAAGCCGAGAAAUCCAACAUUAGUAAAAUGUUUGGGUUAGGUCUUAUAAAACAAGAUGAAGAAAGUAAAGAUGAAGGCUAUCCUGUGGAUCAAGACUUAAAAUUAUUAAAGCAGGAAUUUAGAGACUUCAAAAAGAGAGCAACUUCAUGCUUCAGAUUAAAUACAAGAGAAGGACUCUGUCAGUGAUAUAAAUUGAUUACUAAUAAAGAGAUUGAGAAUAAUUAUAUUUCUUGAAAAUUUCAUCUUGAUAUUGCUAACCCUCAAGAUCUAGAAUUUAUAGAACAUAUCAGGAAUAGUACUUGAGUAAAUUUAGAUGAAUUAAGAAUCCUUAACAUGAACCAAAAUAUUGAGAUUGCCAAAGAUUUUAUAUUAUCUUCUUUCCCUAAUAAAGUUGAGAGACUCGAUUUAAAUUACAAUGGACAACUAUGAAAAAUCGAUCAGAUUAUUGAUAUUAUUUGAUAUGUUAGCCCAAGAAUUAAUCAAAAUUUCUUUCUUCAUAACUUUAGCAUUAGCCAGAGCCAAAUGAGAAUUUUAUUCCAAGUUGCAAACCAAAAUUGGAGUUACUUUGGUUUUCCAAACUGUAAACUUGAAUUAGAAACUAUUCCAAAUUUGAAAAGUUUUCUAAACGGAUCAGUAUUUAAAAGUCUUUCCCUACCUUUUUGAGGACGUCCUGAACGCUGAGAUUGGAAGAAUUAUCCAGAAAGGUUUGUAAACUUGAUUAAAGGAUUAUCUCAAAGUAAACAUUUUAAAAAUACCUUGAAAUCUAUUCAAAUGAAUGAAUGAGGAAUGCCUAUUGAGAAAGUACGAGACACAUUAGAUUCUAAUGGUUUCAAUAAAGUAGCAAUUGAGAAUCAUUCAGAGUAAACAAGCCCUAUUCAUAAUUAAUAUUUCAAUUAUAAUAUC